CAAUAUUAACCAUCACUUUCUCACUAUCUCUUGUAAUUAAGUGCUUGAUUAUUAGACAAUGGCUUCAAGAAAUGGUGAAGAGAAAGUUGAACUUGGUUUCAAUGAUGUUAAUGAGACAAAGACAAAGAAGGAUUGGAUCCUUUUGUCCCUUAGGGUGGUUGCAUUUUUUGCUACUGCAGCUGCAACAUUUGUGAUGGCACUAAAUAAACAAACCAAAAGCUUGAUUGUUGGUACCAUUGGUAGCACCCCAAUAACUGCUACUCUUUCUGCUAAGUUUAAUCAAACUCCAGCUUUUGUGUUCUUUGUGAUAGCCAAUGGAAAUGCUAGUCUCCAUAACUUGGUGAUGAUUGCAUUGGAUAUAUUAGGACCCCAAUAUGAUUACAAAGGACUUCGUCUUGCAUUGAUUGCAAUAUUAGACAUGUUAACUAUGGCUCUAGCAUCAGCUGGAGAUGGUGCAGCAACAUUCAUGUCAGAAUUGGGAAGAAAUGGUAAUUCACAUGCAAGAUGGAAUAAGAUUUGUGACAAAUUUGAAAGCUAUUGCAAUAGAGGUGGUGGUGCACUUAUUGCUUCUUUCAUUGGCUUCAUUCUUCUCUUGAUUAUUGCAGUCAUGUCCAUUGCAAAGCUUCUCAAGCCAAAUCGCAUUAACCAUGCUCCUAGUCCUAGUCCUUGAUAAUUGAUAUCAUAAACAUAUAUACAACAUUAUAUAUUAUACAAAUGAAUAUGUUGUUUUUUUCUAUAUGUUGGUAUUGCUCUGUUUGAGUGUUAGUGUGUUUGAUAUGUGUGUGUAAUUAGUUGUACCUGAAUUGAAAGACAAAUAAGGUAGUGAAUUGCAUACAACUCUUUUACUUUUGAAAGUUUUAGAACUUUCUAUGUAGUUUGGCGAAAUUAAUUAUAUAUAUGAAUCUCUUCUUUUUCUUUGCUA